AUGGGCCUGAGCCCCGCCGCCCGAGGCGAGGGCGGGCGCCGCCUCCCUAGGUUCCCACGGUCCCGCGUCCGGCCCGCCUUGAGAACCGCGAGUACUGGGCCGAAUGGCACCGCGCCCACUCCUGGACUUCCAGCCGGGCCCCGGUCAGGCCGCCGCGGGCGUUGGGCGACUCCCCACCGAGCCGCCGCGACCCGGCCUGGAGCCUUCCGAGGUCGUUCUCCAGGUCCCAGCAGGCCCUCGGACCUCCAGAAAGAAGAAUCUGUGGAAUCUCAGGCGUUGGACCAGCUUUUGCCCAAGAAGCCACAGGAGGGCACGAUAGAACAGGGCAGAAGCAGUGUCCAGCAGGGGGAGAAGCCCGUAGUCAGCCUGGCGUCCACACCCAAGCAGAAGAGAGCAGAGCGGAAUUCAGCCCUGAAGCCUGGGACUGCGGGCAGGUUAACGAAGCAUGCAGCGGAGGAUAAACCAAAACCCAGACCUGGAGACCUGAUUGAAAUUUUUCGGAUUGGCUAUGAGCACUGGGCCAUCUAUGUGGAAGACGAUUGUGUGGUUCAUCUGGCUCCCCCAAGUGAGGAAUUUGAGGCUGGCAGCAUCACUUCUGUCUUCAGCAACCGGGCAGUGGUGAAAUACAGUCGUCUGGAGGACGUGCUGCACGGCUGCUCCUGGAAGGUCAACAACAAGCUGGAUGGGACGUACCUGCCCCUGCCUGUGGACAAGAUCAUCCAGCGGACAAAGAAGAUGAUCAACAAGAUUGUGCAGUACAGCCUGAUCGAGGGGAACUGCGAGCACUUUGUCAACGACCUGAGAUACGGCGUGCCCAGGAGCCAGCAGGUGGAGCAUGUGCUGAUGGAGGGAGCAAAGGCGGCAGGGGCGGUGCUCUCAGCCGUGAUGGACAGCAUAAGACCCAAACCAGCGACAGCCUGA